CAACCCCGCCGCGGCAACGGUCUAGGCUCGCCACCGGUAUUUCGCCAAGCUCCCGGGGGUGCAGCAUCGGGAGCUGAUGCCCUGCGGCGCGGUGGACGGAACCGGCUGACGGUCAUCCGACGCGGCCGCACUUGUCACAGCAGCUGCCGCGGUUGAAGUGGGCUUCGCACGCCGUGUGGCCGCCACCGCAGUGCAACUUUUGAGAUGCAACCACCGCCGCGAAAGGUGAAGGCCCACACACAGCUGAAGAACAUCCAUAAUGAGCAGAUUACAAAACUGCAAACAAAACACCAACAAGACGUCGAAUUGCUCGAGGACCUCAGGAACUUCACGAAGAUUCGGGCUACUGUGGAAAAGGAGUACGGAAAUGCUCUGCUCAAAUUGGCGACGACGUACCUGCAGAAGAAGCCUCCACCCGGCAUUGAGAUCAAGAGCGAAGACAGCCAAGAGAAAAAGACCGUGUACGGCGUGUGGCGCAUGCUCCUGGACGAGACGGAAAAGAUCGCCAAGGCACGGCUGGCGGCGGCAGAGGUCUUUUCGCAGCAAAUAUCGGAAAAUGCCAAAAACGUGCGGGCCAACAAACUCCAUGUGGCCAAGAAGUGCUUCGACAACCUGCGCCGAAUCCAGGACGAAGUGCAACAGUGCGUCCAGGAGGUGGACAAGACCAAGAAGCUGUACUUCGAGGAAGAGCACAUGGCGCACGAGGCACGGGACAAGGCCCACGAUGCGGAGGAGAAGCUAAAAAAGAAGAAAGGUCGAAUAUUUCAGUCGAUCACUUCUCUACAAAAGAACAGCCAAAAAUUCUCGUCCAGGAGAGAAGCCUGCGACAUCCAGUCGACAAAAGCUCGCAACGACUACAUUCUCUCCCUGGUGGCGGCCAACGCGCACCAGUCCAGAUUUUACGAGACGGACCUGCCCGACAUUCUGCAGUCACUAGACUGUGAUGUCUCGGAGAAAGUGAAAGACUACAUCCAACUCAUGAGUCGGACAGAGCUGCUCACCGUCGCGGCCUGCAACUCUUCAUUUUCAAGGAUCCUCGAAGAUGCCAAUCAUAUAACUAGGCAGUACACCGUGGAAUGCUUCCUGCAAGAGAACCAAGUCCUAGGAAAGCCUAUUAAGUACGAGUUUGACCCAUGCGACAACGACCAGGUGCGCACCAUCUGCACGGAGCACCACGCUGACAUCUGCCUGGGCAAGGAGGCCAAGAAGUGGGCUUCGGCCUACAUGAAAGAAUGCCGCACACUGCGCGACGCCAACAAGGAGCUCAACAGGCUGCUCGGCCAAAUCGCCAAGGGAGAAAAGACCAUGGAGUCAUCAACCGGUGAACAGGAGGACGUCGAGCAGAAACUCGAAGACAUUAGAAACAGCAUCCGCAAAGCAGAGACAAGCAAAUUGAAAGCCGAGGCACGUUUGGAAGCCUUGAGAGAAGGUGGAGUGAACGUGGACGAGUUCCUCAACUCGCUGGACAUCGACUCCCUCCAGAUCGAUGACCUGAGCCGCAAAGGCAGCACCGCAUCCCGUGGAAGCCGCAAGAGUUCUCGGUCAGAUCUCAACUAUGAGGAGCCGAACGAGGCGGCGUAUUACGAGGGAGACUUCGAGGGCGGAUCCUGUUCGGAGACGUCCGGAGCGCCGGCACCAAUGAGCGUCGCCUCGGAGGUAGACGAAGCCGCCCAGGUCAUGGCAGCUUCAUCGGCGCAGGGCAGCACCUUGUACGACCAGGACCCCACUGCAGUGAUCUGGGACGACGAGCCCGAGGUGUCAGCGUCAGCCAUCGAUGUCGGUAACCUGGAGGCCGCGUGCGAACCGCCAGCCACCGAGGAAGAAGUCGAGGAGUCUCUGCGUCCGGCUGAAGAGCGCGAGCCUUCGCUGCAAGUGGCCAUCAAGUGCUUCGCGCUCUUCUCCUACGAGGCCGCCAACCCUGACGAGUUAAGCUUCGUAGAGCAAGAAGAAAUGGAGAUCGUGUCCGAGGGAGACGGGGAUGGAUGGAUAAAGGCUCGGAACUACAAAGGGGAGGAAGGCUACAUCCCGCAAAACUACGUGGAGAUCGUGGAAAGCCAGCCGGCGGGGGCAUCUGGCGAGUCCUUCUCGAGUGUCGACUACCGUGUCGAGACAAGCGACGAGGUGGACGGGGAAGGUUCCGCUACAGCUGCCGCCGACUCCGAGAGCGCCCAGGAGCCAGCGAGCGGCGAACCUCCUCCCGAGGCACCAGAGCCUAUUGUGCCACCCGCAGAUUUCCCGAACACGCUGGCUCCUCCUGGAGAAGUCCACCUUAGCACCACGUAUUGCCGCGCCAUCUAUGACUACGAACCGACGUGCGACGAUGAGCUGGGCUUCGAGGAGGGCCAGGUGAUCCGCAUUGUGCGCACCGUGGUGCACGACGGAGUCGAUGACGGCUGGUGGGAGGGAGAGCUGGACGGCCGCACCGGCAUCUUUCCCUCUCUCAUGGUCGAGGCGCUCAAAAUCACCGGAGAGCCGCAGACGCCCAUGGAGGACCCGAGUAUAGACACUGUGCCGCCGCCUCCAUCAUUCACGCCACCGAAGCCCUCAUUCCUCGUCCCGCCGUCACAAGUGAUACUCACCCAGCCCACGCCAGACCAAGAGCAGAGCGGCGAAGCAGAACAGCCGACGGAGCCAGCCGUCUCUGUACUUUAUAACGAUCCUGAUUUCCAACUGGAGCUGCCGACACCGCAGCAGGCCCACUACCAGAGUCAGUUCUCGGGGUCCGAGAGCGAGUCGAGCGACCAUGACGUCGCUGGCCUCGCCGAGGCAGCUACUUAUGCCCCGUUGGUGUCUAGCCCGGAAAGUCCAGCGGCUGUCGACGCCUCUGUUGCAGAAGACAGUGCGCGUGCUGCGAAGCCUCCGAGACCUCCGACGCCACCGCACCAACAGACGGUGACCGUGGUCAUCGACUCACCGGACGAGCCACCGCGCGAGUUCGGCGACAGCGAAGACGAGGACAACGGUGACCAGGUGUCCGUCGUCGAAGCGCCGGUCGAGACGUCGUCGGCCUCUGAGCCGACCGAAGAUCCAAAGGUGGCCGAAGUAGCGGGCGAGACCAAGGCGGAAGGCAGCGGAGACAAGCCAGGCGAGGGACCCGCGGCUGCCGCUGAAGAAGCCGCUCCGGCGGAACCACCCGAAGAACUUUCGAAAGAAGACGAGGCAAAUAACAACGCCACCGACUGAAUGUAUCCUAGCCGAAUGUGAAUGAUGGCCUCGUCUGUAUGUUGAACGUUUCAAACUGUGAGCCAAGUUUGGGCAGUGUGUGCGCGCUUCCCUCUCUAAGAAGCGAUGUUAUUGGCUGACGGGCCUUAGUGCUGUCUAGCUAGCAGUUGUUUUCUUGCGCUUUGUAAGGUGUGCGCCGAUGAUGUAGAAAUGCAGCUUCAAUUUUAAGCCCUCUACUUUAAUCUUUCCAUGAAUGUGUUUCAAAGAGAUGCACUAAGAUAUGUUCAUAUGCGUCGCCAACAUCAUCAGCAGUUACAUUUCAAAAACUGGCAUAAUCCUCUCUUUAACUUCCUGGCCGGGUUUUUUAAACAAAUUUGCAAAAGAAAAUUAGGUACUUUUGUCAAUCAUUUAGCAAAAGACGAUGCAGCAUCAUGCGGAGCAAGUGAUGUGGCACCGCCUGCUCAGAAACAGGUUAAAAAAAAUGCCCAUAAACGCGACGGGCAACCGCUGUGCUAAAUCGGCAAAUUUCUAAUGUGCGCCGUCGUAUGCUGCGAAAUUUGUGAAGCUAACGUAUUUUAUUUGAUAAGAAUUCAAAACCUGAUAUGCUGUGGUGUUGUAAAUGCAUUUAUGAACGAACUUUCAUUUAUUUAUCCGAAUGAGCGAAAAUUCGAAAGUGCACCACGCAAGGACACAUAGCAGAUACAUCAAAGACCAGGCCUUGUUCCAGCCAAAGCAAAUAUUCUGCCGUAUAGCAAAGUAUGCAUCCAUUACCACUACGGAAGUGUGUUCUAAUGUGAAAAAAAAAAAUCCAAGAGCGACGUUUUAAAGCACGCCAAUGCCUGAAAUAGAAGAAGAACUAAACGAACUCUAAGAACCUAAAAUAUGUUGAAAGCACCCUCCCUCGACCUCCCCUCUUUUUCUUGUGUGUUCUUGCGCCCAGCUCAUUCCUUGUUAACUGUCCUGUCAUUCAUUCAUUUAUUAUUUCUCUCGUCCUGCUCCCGUCGUGCUUCACUCUAAUGAGUCCGCACUCGAGUAAAUCUUGCAAGCAUAACAGCGCGCUUCCCGAAAGCUACUUCGAGUGUACUGUGUUCAGUAAGGACCAACGCUUGAAUGUGCACUUGUUAGUCGGUGUCGGAAUGGGAUGAAAGAACUUGUUCUGCUUUUCUUGCUGAGCCUGACUAUUCGUUCCGCCACGCACGAAAAGUGAAAAGGCCAGCCGCGUACCAAAACGCUAUCGAAACAGGAAAAUACUUGCUCUCCAACAAUGUUGCCCUUAUUGAUAUCAAGCCUGUUUUGCUUAAUUAUUGCUGAUCCAGUACCACAUAGCGAGCGCCCGUAUCAAAGAUGCCUCCACGUAUAUAGUUGUAGAACUCCAUUCGCUAGCCACUCAGUUGCGCAAUUCAACUGCUUACUUGCUUGUAAAGCUUUUUAUGUACGAAAAUUAUGUGCGCCGCCCCGCUAGUGAAAUACCACAUUCACAAUAUCCAAACCUCUUAUUUUGUUGCUUCAUAUUUCUCUAGGCGUUAAACAAUACGCGCCGCUCCGCUAAUGAAGAGCAAAACAGAAGAAAAAAAAAAGACAAGCUGCCCACCGAUUUCCUAACAGGUUUUCUGUAAGAGCCUGCCUAAUGAGCAACAUAAUGUUCGCUGGGUCAUUGGGUUUAAUUUCAGUGUUCCAUAUUAUGUAACGCAAUAACGUAGACAUUUCUUACGAAAAUAAAAGCAGCAGCUCUGUCUUCAGGGAAGUAAGAAACCUUUCAAAGUGCCGAAAGUUAGUACGUACAUUAGAAAUGUUUUUGAUAGCUUGCUGAAUUCGUAAAACUUGUCUGUGGUUCCAGUCAUAAGUUUUACACCUGCAUCAAACUAUCGCUGCAACAAAAUUAAGCGUUAAAAUACUUUCGCUCUUAUCAACGUGGAGCAGAAUGUUCGCAGCCACGCACGCAAUACAGAGAACAGAGGCAAUGGUAUUCUUGUGGUUGUCUUUCUACGGAAACAUUCCAGUUAGGAUUAUUGUAAAGCCGGUCUCCCUUGUUGCGUGUAUUUAUUCUAUUAUAAUCGUUCAUGAUCACUUGGGUGACGUCGUACAAGAUCAGGCGCAAGCCUUCUCAUUUCCGGUACUAAAUCUCCGUUUGCAAGAGGUGAGCGCGGUUGUAGGGAUGAAUGGCCAUCGGUUGCAAGAAUAGUCGCAGGUGUAUUUAGAAUUACAAGUUGAACAGCCGCACAGAUGUUGUUCCUUUUCUUUUUUCAGGCGCAUAUUUGCUGUUGAUCUGUAAAUAGGAAAAGAGGAAGCCGCCGCUGUUCGCUGUGCAUAGAAUGUUGGUGCACACCAUCGUGUGUUGACUGCGCGGGUUGCACUACACGUCUCUCACCGUUCCGUUAUUGUCCCUCACAGAAUAAACGCCUUUAGGUUCUUUC